GGUUGCAGAGAAGGAGGGAGCCAGCCGGGGGAGAGCGAGGGAGGGAGGCGGGGGCCUCGGGAGGGUGGAAGGAGGGAGGCGAAGGGCGGGGCACGGAGGCCCAAGCAAGGGACUAGACUCCAGCUGACUUUUUCCCGCGGCUCUCGGUUUCCACCACAGCCAUGUCUCUCCUCCUGCUGGUGGUCUCUGCCCUUCACAUCCUCAUCCUCAUUCUGCUUUUUGUGGCCACUUUGGACAAGUCUUGGUGGACUCUCCCCGGGAAGGAGUCCCUGAACCUUUGGUAUGACUGCGUGUGGAAAAACGACACCAAAACGUGGGCCUGCAGUCCUGUCAGCGAGAACGGCUGGCUGAAAGCAGUGCAAGUCCUCAUGGUGCUCUCCCUCAUCCUCUGCUGCCUCUCCUUCAUCCUGUUCAUGUUCCAGCUCUACACCAUGCGGCGAGGAGGACUCUUCUAUGCCACUGGCCUCUGCCAGCUUUGCACCAGCGUGGCGGUGUUCUCCGGAGCCCUGAUCUACGCCAUCCACGCCAAGGAGAUCCUGAAGACGCAACCGCAGGGGGGCAGCUUCGGCUACUGCUUCGUCCUGGCCUGGGUGGCCUUCCCCCUCGCGCUUGUCAGCGGCAUCGUCUACAUCCACCUGCGGAAGCGGGAGUGAGCGUCCCGCAUCGCCCUGACGCCCCCGCUGGGAUCCUGGCUCUCCGCUUGUUCACGAUGCCCCCGCCCCACGCGACCUCCAGAAAAUAAAACCGUUUAACCGCGGACUCUGC